CUGACUCUGCAGAGCCAUAAGCGUCCGCACAGAGAUCCCCUCCAGCACUAAGUCUAUGGGACGGGGCAGAUCCCCCCAGAUCCCUGCGAUCCACUAUGGACUCUUCACUCUCUCCCAGCUUUCUGAAGGUGGACUCUGAACACAACAUGAGCCAUUCCAGGGGAUUGCCAGGAUUACCUCCUCUGCCCGCAGCACCGAUAAGAGAACCUUCAGAGCUUUAUCAGCUUGUUCUUUUGCACAGCAAUUACCCUCCACUGAUGCAAAACAGAUCAUGGACCCUGGCAGCUCCAUUCAAAGAACAGCGUUAUCACCGCAAUCCCAGUAACUCCAUAGCCAAUAACUUCUCACCGGCAGCACGUGACCUGAAGCUCGCCGAGAUAUCAAAGAAGAUCCCGUCUCCAAGACCGAGCACAGCAAAGAUGUCACCUAAAGACAGAGUCAUGCCAUAUUCAGCUUCAAAGGAUGUUUCAUGCAUCCCGAAAAAGCCCAAACCAUCUCCCAGGAGCAAAUAUAACACUAAUAGAUGGAUAAUAGCCGGGUGCAGCGCUUUAGAACCAAUGUCAGGAGAUGAGAACGUACCGCAGACAGAGACCACAACCUAUCCGGAAACUAAGCCUAUUACUCCAGAGGAACAAUUGCAGAUUAUGUUGCAGCAUGAAGCAGAUACAUAUAAACAACAGGAGAAGCCGACUCAAAGAGACUUGGAGAGGUAUUUCCACUACAUACUCCACGGAAUUCAGACAGAAACUGCACCCCAGGAGAAGGAGCAGAUGGACAAAAUCUUAACAAGUGUUCCCAGACAACUCUUAAAAAACCCAUCUCUGGAGAAAUUGCUGCAAGAAAUAAAAGAAGAGAUUGCAUAUGAUUACUACACGAGCCUUAGGAAAAGUAUCGUUGAUUACAUUUUAAAGGAUCCAGAAGAAAGAAACAGGCUGUUUAUUGGCAACACCCCUCGUUCUUUUCCUCAUCGGGUAAUUCGCGCCCCUGUUCCUUGGCACUCGUCGUACAGUGAUGCCCAUAAGUGGAAUGAGGAUCACCUUUUCACUACGAACCCCAUGAUGUUGUCUUUACAAGACCUCUGGAUUACUCAGUUUGGCGACUUGAGAUUCGUGCGGACAAAAGAAAUGCUGUCUGGCAGCUUACCCCUGCUCCCUGCUGAAUUUGAAGAACUGGUUCAGAAGCAUUGCCUAGAAGCCCGCACCAUAUUGCGUAAUAGAUGGAUACCACUUUGUGCUUCACUUUUUAAAUCUGAGAAGGAUAAGUGGAUUCAUUUAGUCCCUCGAAAUGAGAACGACUCCACCAUUCAGGUUCAAGAGUUUUUUGCUUGUAUUUCCUCUCUGAUGUCCCUGCAGCUGCGUGGGAUGGUCAUUAAUUCACUCCAGGAUUUGCUGGCUUUUUUCACAAUACACAAGGAUGGCAAUGAUUUUGGAGAGAUGUACGACGAGAUGAAAUUCUUCACUCCACAAAUUCUCAUAAUCAAGCUUAAGGUUGAAGAACCAAAAAUCGCCUUUGAGCCCGUUCUGGAGGAAUGCUGGAGCCUAAUAAAACGCUGCUUCCAAGAGAUUAUCAGGAGCGCAGAAGGACUUCCUAAAGUUGAAGUUGAGCUUUUUCCAGAUCUUCAAACAGAGAACCUCACCCUCAUCUCUGUAAAACAGGAGGAAUCCUUAGUGUGCGGCUUCAUCAACAAGACCAGAGACAUCUUUAACCUGAACACAGUCGGCCCACAAAAGUACCUAAAUGUUUAUAAAAAAUACAGCGAUCUUUUGAACAAGAAAGCUCAGCAAGAUAUUAUGGGAUUCCUUAAGGAGGAACAUUCACUGCAGGCCUUCACUAAGAAAAUCAAUAACCUGUCACAGCUACGUGGGGAGAUCGCAUCUAUGCAUGUUACCGUUCCUCUGGCCAUGUUCUGUUUGGAUGCAUUGUGUCUCAAUGAGGAUCUCUGUGUCAGAGCCCAAAAGCUGAAGGAUCGUCUGGUUCAGUUUGAAGUGGAUGAAAACAGGCAGCUCAAUAAGAGUAUUUGUUUGAAGUACAGCAGAAUAGCAGACAGAGUCAGCGAGGUGCCAGCUACCACUGAAGAUCUGGUGGCUCUUGCUGACUUCUUGAGGACCUCAAGUGAUGUCACCGUUUAUAAGCUGAAGGAUGAGAUUGCAGAGGCUGCAAGUCGAUUAGCGUUUCUUCUGGAUUACGCAACUCUUCAGUAUGAUGACCUGAAGCUGAACAGCACUGUAUUUCAUUGGCCGGAACAGAUAGAAACAGUCUUUGAAGUCAAUAACAGUCGUUUAAUGGCCAGGAGAGACCAAGCUGAAGAUGAGCUCCGGAAAAGGCGCACCAAUUUUGAGAAACUGCUCAAUGGCUACAAUUCUGAAAUUGAGGCGUUUAAGAAAAAGGAGACAAUGACCAUGGACGAGAUGAAGAAUAAUGUUGAAAAAUUAAAUGAGCUGGACGGGAACCUGAAUGCAGCCCUUGUGGAGUUUGAGGCUAUCAAUAAAGAAGAAGAGUUACUUGAAUGGGAGAAAAGUCAAUUUCCUUUGUUGCAAGAGACAAUAAUGAACAAGGUGCCGUUCGAGCAGCUCUGGGCAACAGCUUAUCAUUACCACAAUAAAUCCGAGGAGUGGAUAAAUGGGGCUUUCCAGGACUUAAAUGCAGAAGAGAUCACGGAGGAAGUGGGGAACAUGUGGAGAACGGUCUACAAGCUGGCCAAGACUUUUACAGACAUGCCUGGACCUAAACGAGUCGCCGAGAAUGUGAAGUUUAAAAUCGAGAAGUUCAAAGUCCACCUUCCUAUCAUAUCCGUCAUCUGUAACCCCGGGAUGAAGCUCCGCCAUUGGGAACAGAUCAGUGAAAUAGUAGGAUUUGAUAUCACUCCAGAGCCUAACACGUCUCUCAUUAACAUGCUGGAAUAUGGACUGUCCAAGUACAUAGAAAAGCUGGAGCAGAUUGGAGCAUCAGCAAGCAAAGAGUAUUCUUUGGAGAAAGCCAUGGAGAAGAUGAAAUCAGAGUGGUCCACAAUGAGCUUCAACUUUGUCCAGUAUCGUGAUACAAGUACAAGCAUCCUGUCCGCUGUUGAUGAUAUUCAAUUACUGCUUGACGACCACAUUAUUAAAACCCAAACAAUGUGUGGUUCACCAUUCAUUAAACCAAUUGAAGCGGAAGCCAGGGAGUGGGAGCAGACACUGGUCCUGAUUCAAGAUAUUCUGGAUUCCUGGUUAAAGUGUCAGGCGACUUGGCUCUACCUGGAGCCCAUAUUUAGCUCUGAAGACAUAAUAGCUCAAAUGCCAGAGGAAGGGCGGAAAUUUGGUAUCGUGGACAGCACCUGGAAGGACAUUAUGGUAGAGUCGGUGAAAGAUACCCGAGUGCUUAUCGCAACCAAACAGCCAAACAUGUUAGAAAGGCUUCAGGAAUCCAAUAUCCUCCUGGAAGACAUUCAGAAGGGAUUGAAUUCUUAUUUGGAAAAGAAAAGAUUAUUCUUUCCAAGGUUUUUUUUCCUCUCCAAUGACGAGCUCCUGGAAAUCCUGUCUGAAACUAAGGACCCUUUAAGAGUACAGCCUCAUCUGAAGAAGUGUUUCGAGGGGAUUGCCAAGUUGGAAUUUACAGAUGAUUUGGAGAUCACAGGCAUGAUCAGCUCGGAGAUGGAAACUGUCCCUUUAACACAGAAGAUUUAUCCGGCAAAAGCUAAAGGUAUGGUUGAAAAAUGGCUUUUGCAAGUGGAAGAAAAUAUGUUGGGCAGUAUGAGACAAGUCAUUCACGACGGGAUUGAGGGAUACGUGGAGGUUCCUAGAAAGCAGUGGGUCCUUCAGUGGCCUGGACAAGUCGUUAUAUGCGUGUCCUCUAUUUACUGGACAAAAGAGGUCUCUGAAGCUAUUACCGAGGGCACUCUGUCCGAUUUCUUAGAGAAGAGCAAUAAGCAGAUCAGUGAGAUUGUCGAGCUGGUCAGAGGAAAAUUGUCUGGUGGCGCACGAGCAACUCUAGGAGCCCUCACAGUCAUCGAUGUACAUGCCCGUGAUGUUGUUGCUAAAUUGGCAAAGGAUAAAGUAUCCAGCCUAAGUGACUUCCAGUGGAUCUCUCAGCUGAGAUAUUAUUGGGAAGGCCGAGAUGUCAUGGUCAGAAUGAUCACUACCGAAGUCAAAUAUGGCUAUGAAUAUCUGGGCAAUUCACCUCGACUUGUCAUUACUCCACUGACUGAUCGAUGUUACAGGACUUUAAUGGGUGCACUCAAGUUAAAUCUUGGUGGAGCUCCAGAAGGUCCUGCGGGAACUGGGAAAACUGAAACUACAAAAGAUCUUGCCAAGGCUUUGGCCAAACAGUGUGUCGUGUUUAAUUGCUCAGAUGGUCUGGACUAUAAAGCAAUGGGCAAAUUCUUCAAAGGUUUAGCACAAUCUGGAGCCUGGGCCUGUUUUGAUGAAUUCAACAGAAUUGAGGUGGAGGUCUUGUCGGUAGUGGCCCAGCAGAUUCUGAGCAUCCAGCAGGCCAUCAUAAGAAACAUGAAAACAUUCUUGUUUGAGGGGACUGAGCUGACCCUCAACCCAACGUGUUCUGUAUUCAUCACCAUGAAUCCCGGCUAUGCAGGUCGUGCCGAACUCCCAGAUAAUCUAAAGGCAUUGUUUAGGACAGUGGCCAUGAUGGUCCCGGAUUAUGCGCUCAUUGGUGAAAUAUCCCUUUAUUCGAUGGGAUUCCUGGAUUCUAGAAGCUUGGCUCAGAAGAUUGUCGCCACUUACCGACUGUGCUCCGAACAGCUUUCAUCCCAGCACCACUACGACUACGGAAUGCGCGCCGUGAAAUCUGUCCUGACUGCUGCCGGCAACCUCAAGCUUAAGUAUCCAGAAGAGGAUGAGAGCGUGCUUCUUCUGCGAGCGCUACUAGAUGUCAACCUGGCUAAAUUCUUGGCACAAGAUGUCCCUCUCUUUCAGGGUAUCAUCUCUGAUCUGUUUCCUGGAGUUGUUCUGCCAAAACCAGAUUAUGACCUUUUUAUUCAGGCCUUGAAAGAAAACAUUGGCAAAAUGAAUCUGCAGCCUGUGCCGUGGUUCAUAGGGAAGAUAAUCCAGAUCUAUGAAAUGAUGCUUGUGCGUCACGGCUUCAUGAUUGUUGGAGAUCCCAUGGGCGGGAAGACUUGUGCCUAUAAAGUCCUGGCUGGAGCACUUGCUGAUUUACACACAGCUAAAUCGAUGGAUGAGUUUGCUGUGGACCUUAGAGUGAUCAAUCCAAAAGCCGUUACUAUGGGUCAGUUAUAUGGAUGCUUUGACCCCGUGAGUCACGAGUGGACAGACGGAGUACUAGCGACUACUUUCAGAGAGCAGGCGUCCUCUACCACGGAUGAUAGGAAGUGGAUUGUAUUUGAUGGCCCAGUGGAUGCUGUUUGGAUAGAAAAUAUGAACACCGUCCUGGAUGACAAUAAGAAGCUGUGCCUCAUGAGCGGUGAAAUCAUUCAGAUGAAUUCAAAGAUGAGCCUAAUUUUUGAGCCCGCUGACUUGGAGCAAGCUUCCCCGGCAACUGUGAGCAGGUGCGGGAUGAUCUAUAUGGAACCCCACCAGCUCGGAUGGACUCCUUUAAAAGAUUCCUACAUGAGCACUCUGCCGGAACAUCUCAUGAAUGACCACAGGGAACUGAUUAAUGACAUGUUCAACUGGCUCGUUCAGCCAUGCUUGAAUUUUAUCCGUCUGGAAUGUAAAUUUUUGGUACAGACUUCCCCCAUCCACCUGACGUACAGCAUGAUGAGGCUUUAUACCUGCCUGAUCGAUGACAUAGUGAGCUCUGAAGAGGAUGGUAGAGAACCUUUGUCUAGCCAGCAGAUAAUACUGUGGUUGCAGGGUCUUUUCCUGUUUGCUUUGGUUUGGACCAUUGGAGGAACCAUAAAUGGAGACAGUAGAAGGAAAUUUGAUAUUUUUUACCGCAACCUACUAAUGGGAAUGGACGACCAGCACCCUCGACCUAAGAGCGUUAAAUUAACCAAGAACAAUGUGUUCCCAGAGAGAGGAACCGUAUAUGAUUUUUACUUCCACAAACAUGGCAGCGGACAGUGGAAUACCUGGACUGACUAUAUUACCAAAGAGGAAAUGACCGUUUCUCCUACUGCAAAGGUAUCUGAUCUUAUCAUUCCUACAAUGGAAACUGCCAGACAGUCCUUUUUCUUAAAUGUAUACGUAGAGCAUUCUGUUCCUUUGCUGUUUGUGGGUCCCACUGGGACAGGAAAAUCUGCAAUUACAAACAGCUUCUUAAUAAAGCUUCCAAAGGAUAAAUAUAUUGCCAACUGCAUCAACUUCUCAGCAAGAACCUCUGCAAAUCAGACCCAGGAUAUCAUAUUCUCUAAGCUAGAUCGCCGAAGAAAGGGCUUGUACGGGCCGCCUGUCGGGAAAAAAGCCGUUGUGUUCGUUGAUGAUCUGAACAUGCCAGCAAAAGAAAUUUAUGGAGCCCAGCCACCUAUUGAACUAUUGAGACAGUGGAUAGACCAUGGACACUGGUAUGACAGAAAGGACACCUCGCGGCUAGAUAUUGUUGAUGUCUUACUUUUGUCCGCAAUGGGGCCCCCUGGAGGUGGGAGGAAUGAUAUUACUGGUCGCUUCACUCGACACUUGAACAUCGUUUCUAUCAACGCCUUUGAUGAUGAAACAUUGACAAAAAUAUUUUGCUCCAUAUCAGACUGGCAUUUCGGCAAAGGAUUCGAUAUUUCAUUUCUAAGAUCUGGCAAACUGAUGAUACAAGCAACCAUGGCAAUUUACAAGACAGCUGUGGAAAAGUUCCUGCCAACUCCUUCCAAAUCCCACUAUGUUUUCAACUUACGAGACUUCUCCCGGGUGGUCCGCGGAGUGCUGCUGUGUCCACACACUCAUUUACAGGACAAUGAUAAACUGAUCAGACUUUGGAUACAUGAAGUUUACCGUGUAUUUUAUGAUCGCUUAAUUGACCCUGACGACAGGCAGACUUUCUUCAAUAUGGUCAAAGAGACAACGUCUAAUUGCUUUAAGCAAAGUGUUGACAAGGUUCUAAGCCACUUGGCACCCACUGGAAAAGUGGUUGAUGACAAUAUCCGAAGCCUCUUCUUUGGGGACUAUUUUAAACCUGACAGUGACACUAAAGUAUAUGAUGAAAUCACAGAUCUGAAGCAAUUAACGUCAGUCAUGGAAUAUUACCUGGAUGAAUUCAAUAAUAUCAGCAAAGCUCCAAUGUCUUUGGUCAUGUUUAAGUUUGCCAUAGAACACAUUUCGAGGAUCUGUCGGGUGUUGAAACAGGACAAUGGUCACCUGCUGUUGGUUGGAAUUGGGGGAAGCGGUAGACAGAGUGCUACAAAACUGGCCACCUUCAUGAACGCCUUUGAACUUUUUCAAAUCGAAAUAACAAAGAACUAUACCAUAAACGAAUGGCGGGAUGACGUCAAGAAAGUAAUGCUGCAAGCGGGGGUGGCCGGGAAAAACACAGUCUUCCUGUUUUGCGAUAACCAAAUCAAAGACGAGGUGUUUGUUGAGGAUAUCAACAUGUUAUUGAACACUGGAGAUGUCCCCAAUAUAUUCCCAGCAGAUGAGAAAGCAGAUAUAGUUGAGAAAAUGCAGUCCGUUGCUAGAACAGAAGGGAAAAAGAUUGAAGCCACCCCUUUGGCUAUGUACAGUUUCUUCAUCGAGAGAGUCAGAGCUAACUUACACAUUGUGCUGGCAAUGAGCCCUAUUGGUGAUGCCUUCCGAAAUCGUCUCCGAAUGUUUCCCUCAUUGAUCAACUGCUGCACCAUUGAUUGGUUCCAGACUUGGCCAACUGAUGCCUUAGAGAUGGUGGCGAACAAAUUCUUAGAAGAUGUGGACCUUGAUGAUGACAUCAGGAAAGAGGUCAUUUCCAUGUGCAAGUAUUUCCAGGAAAGUGUCAAAGAAUUGUCAGAUAGCUACUAUAGCACGCUGCGCAGACACAACUAUGUCACACCAACCUCAUACCUGGAGCUCAUCCUUACCUUCAAGACACUACUAAACAGCAAAAGGCUUGAGGUUGAUACUAUGAGAAACCGCUACCUUGUUGGUCUGGAGAAACUCGAUUUUGCAGCAUCACAAGUCUCAGUUAUGCAAAAAGAGCUUACUGCGCUUCAACCAGAAUUGAUUAAAACUUCAGCCGAAACGGAGAAGAUGAUGAUUAAAAUAGAAAAGGAGACGGUGGAAGUUGACGCUAAGAGAGAACUAGUGGCGGCAGAUGAAAGGGUGGCCAAUGAAGCCGCUGCCGCUUCUAAGGCAAUUAAGGAUGAAUGCGAAGGGGAUCUAGCGGAGGCCAUGCCGGCUCUCAAGGCAGCAAUAUCAGCUCUUGAUACUCUGAACCAGAAUGAUAUCACUGUAGUAAAAUCCAUGCAGAAUCCCCCAGGCCCUAUAAAACUGGUCAUGGAGAGCAUCUGUGUGAUGAAAGGCAUAAAACCGGACAGGAAGCCGGACCCAGGAGGAACAGGUAAAAUGGUGGAAGACUACUGGGGUCCAUCUAAGAAAGUGCUUGCAGACUUGAGGUUUCUAGACAGUUUGAAAGCUUUCGAUAAGGAUAAUAUUAACCCUGCAAAUAUGAAAAGAAUCAGAGAGAAAUUCAUCAACCACGAAGACUUCCUCCCUUCUGUGAUUAAGAAUGUGUCUUCAGCUUGUGAGGGUUUAUGUAAGUGGGUCCGAGCCAUGGAAGUGUAUGAUCGCGUCGCAAAGGUGGUUGCUCCAAAACGUGAACGUCUUAAAGAGGCAGAGGCCAAAUUAGCGGUACAAAUGCAGGAACUGAACACAAAGCGAGCAGAAUUGAAGGCUGUGGAAGACCGUUUACAAGCUCUAAACGAUGACCUGCAAGCAAUGAAUAACAAGAAGGAAGAGCUAGAGAAGAACAUAGAGAUCUGUUCACAAAAGCUUGUACGUGCAGAGAAGCUGAUCAGUGGCCUUGGAGGAGAGAAGGAUAGAUGGACAGAGGCUGCCCGAUUGUUAGGGACAAAGUAUACAAACCUCACUGGGGAUGUCCUUUUGUCUUCUGGUACUGUAGCCUACCUUGGGGCCUUCACAGUAGACUAUCGGCAGCAAUGCCAGAGCAAAUGGCAUGUUUUAUGCAAAGAAAAGAAAAUUCCGAGCUCAAAUGACUUCAGCUUGAAUACCACCCUUGGGGAUCCUGUUAAAAUCCGUGCUUGGCAGAUUGCCGGUCUACCAGUAGAUUCAUUCUCCAUAGAUAAUGGUAUCAUUGUUUCGAAUUCCAGGCGAUGGUCUCUGAUGAUCGAUCCUCAAGGACAGGCCAACAAAUGGAUUAAAAAUAUGGAAAAAAACAGCAAACUUUCAGCCAUCAAGUUGUCAGACUCAAACUAUACAAGAACUUUAGAAAAUGCUAUACAGUUCGGAUACCCAGUCUUGAUUGAAAAUAUUGGAGAAGAAAUAGAUGCUGUUUUGGAGCCACUCUUGCUGAAACAAACAUUUAAGCAGCAAGGGGUUGAAUAUAUUCGACUGGGUGAAAAUAUUAUAGAGUAUUCCAAAGAUUUUAGACUUUAUAUGACCACCCGGUUAAGAAAUCCCCAUUAUCUCCCAGAAGUGGCCGUGAAGGUGUGCCUUCUGAAUUUUAUGAUCACCCCAUUGGGCCUUCAAGACCAGCUUCUCGGCAUAGUUGCGGCAAAAGAAAAGCCAGAACUAGAGGACAAAAAGAACCAACUCAUCAUCGAAAGUGCCACCAACAAGAAACAGCUGAAGGAGAUAGAAGACAAAAUUUUAGAGGUACUGUCCUCCUCGAAAGGAAACAUCUUGGAGGAUGAGACCGCCAUUAAAGUGUUAUCUUCAUCCAAACUCUUGUCUGAAGAAAUUUCAGAGAAGCAGCAGAUUGCCACCGCCACUGAGAAGGAAAUUGAUGACACACGAAUGGGAUACAAGCCUGUGGCUAUUCAUUCCUCCAUUGUAUUCUUCUGCAUUUCCGAUCUGGCAAACAUUGAACCAAUGUAUCAGUAUUCUCUGACCUGGUUUAUUAACCUCUAUGUACACUCCCUUGCCCAUAGCGAGAAGAGCGAUGACCUCCAGACAAGAAUAUCCAAUAUAAUAAAUCAUUUUACAAAAAGCAUCUACAACAAUGUGUGCAGGUCUCUGUUUGAAAAGGACAAGCUCCUGUUUUCGCUUCUUCUGACCAUAGGGAUUAUGAAAGGAGAAGAUAAAAUCAAUGAUGAAAUCUGGCGUUUCCUUCUGACUGGUGGAGUGGCCCUCGAUAACCCUCAUCCUAACCCUGCUCCUGAGUGGUUGUCAGAUAAAUCUUGGGCUGAAAUUGUACGUGCCUCCAACCUCCAACCCCUCAGUGGCUUUAUGGAACAUUUUCAAAGCAAUAUUUCAAAAUGGAAGAUGAUUUAUGACUCUGUAAAACCCCAGGAUGAGACUCUACCAGAUGAAUGGCAGGAAUUAACCGGAUUAAAUCUCCUGGUUAUCCUCAGGUGCCUUCGCCCUGACAAAAUGGUCCCUGCCGUCCAGGAGUUCAUUGCGGGAAAUAUGGGCAGGACAUACAUCGAGCCCCCAACGUUUGACCUUGCAGGAAGUUAUAAUGAUUCGAACUGUUGUGCCCCAUUGGUUUUUGUGCUGUCCCCUGGAGCUGAUCCGAUGGCAGGUUUAUUAAAGUUUGCGGACGACCUCGGCAUGGGAGGAGAAAACAUCCAGACCAUUUCACUUGGACAGGGUCAAGGGCCGAUCGCAGCCAGAAUGAUCAGUCAGGCCAUUAAGGACGGAACCUGGGUUGUCCUUCAGAACUGUCACCUGGCCACGAGCUGGAUGCCAUCCUUGGAAAAGAUAUGCGAGGAAACCAUUGUGCCUGAGAAUACUAAUGAAAAGUUCAGGCUCUGGCUAACUAGUUACCCUUCAGACAAGUUUCCAGUGAGCAUCCUUCAAAAUGGCAUCAAAAUGACCAACGAACCCCCAAAGGGCCUUCGAGCAAAUUUGCUGCGGUCAUAUCUGAAUGACCCCAUAUCUGACCCUGUGUUCUUCAGCAGCUGCCAGAAACCAGAGAUGUGGCAGAAACUCUUGUUUGGACUUUGCUUCUUCCAUGCUUUGGUUCAGGAGCGCCGAAAUUUUGGCCCAUUAGGCUGGAACAUACCCUACGAAUUUAACGAGUCUGACCUUAGGAUCAGCAUGAGACAGAUUCAGAUGUUUCUCAAUGAAUACGAGGAGGUUCCAUUUGAGGCCUUGACUUACCUGACAGGUGAAUGCAACUACGGAGGGAGAGUGACGGACGACAAGGACAGACGUCUCCUUCUGUCACUGCUCUCCAUAUUCUACAGUCAGAAGAUACAGACGGACAAUUACAGACUGUCACCAGGAGACACGUACUAUGUACCCCCAUGUGGCACUUACCAGUCUUUUGUGGAUUACAUUAGAGGUUUGCCAUUGAUUACUCAUCCGGAGGUGUUUGGGCUCCAUGAGAACGCAGACAUCACUAAGGAUAACCAGGAGACCAACCAGUUAUUUGACGGCGUUCUUCUCACUCUUCCCAGACAAACAACUGGGAGCGGCAGAUCCUCUCAGGAAAUAGUUGAGGAUUUGGCGAGAGAUAUCCUGAACAAAUUACCAAGUGGUUUUAAUCUGGAGAAAGUGAUGGAGAAAUAUCCUGUUGUCUAUGACGAGUCUAUGAACACAGUGCUUAGACAAGAGUUAAUCCGCUUCAACAGGCUCACAGAAGUUGUACGGAGCAGUCUGAUUAAUUUGGGCAAAGCCGUGAAAGGCCAAGUGUUGAUGUCAUCUGAGCUGGAGAACGUAUUUAACAGCAUGCUGGUGGGAAGAGUGCCCGCCAUGUGGGCAGCCAAAUCCUACCCAUCCCUCAAGCCACUGGGCAGCUACGUGUCCGACCUGCUCUCCCGACUGCAGUUUCUACAGGACUGGAUAGACAACGGGCCGCCCAAGGUGUUCUGGGUUUCAGGAUUUUAUUUUACUCAGUCAUUCCUGACAGGCGUCUCCCAGAAUUAUGCAAGAAAGUACACCAUUCCCAUAGAUCACAUCGGAUUUGAAUUUGAGGUGACCUCUCAUGAGAACACAAUAGACAAGCCUCCAGAAGAUGGCGCUUAUAUUAAAGGACUUUUCCUGGAAGGAGCUCGGUGGGAUAGACAGAAAAUGCAAUUAGGAGAAUCUCUUCCUAAAAUUCUCUAUGAUUCUAUACCCAUUAUAUGGCUGAAGCCAGGAGAAAGUUCCAAGUUCGUCCCCCAGAACUCAUACUUUUGUCCUGUGUACAAAACCAGCGCAAGACGAGGAACGCUGUCCACAACAGGACAUUCCACCAACUACGUCCUCUCCAUCGAGCUGCCCACUGACAUGUCUGAGAAGCACUGGAUAAACCGAGGGGUGGCCGCCCUAUGCCAGCUGGAUGAUUAGCUCCUGGGCGGAAUAAUGUCAAAUUUAUUCAUCGUUGCUUUGCACAAUCUCCGUUCUAUUACAGGAUACACCACACGCGAUCUGCACUUGCACUAUGCAAAGUCUCUGAAUGCAGAAAGAUUAAAUAGAUUUUAUUAUGCUAUGGAAAUCUGUGCAAUAAAUGGCUGGGUUAACACAGGACUGAUUAGC